CGUUUCCGGGGGCGGGAGGCGCAGGCUGAGGCGGUCGCGGCGGCGGCGGCGGCGGCUUGAACGGGCCUGGCGCCGGCAGCGGAAAGUAUCCUACCGGCUGGCUAUGUGAGCGCCGAGCCAUUGGCAGCACUGAACAAGAUUUGUGAUGAAAUGGAGCCUGGAACAAACUCUUUUCGAGUAGAAUUUCCUGAUUUUUCCAGCACCAUUCUACAGAAACUGAACCAGCAGCGCCAGCAAGGACAACUAUGUGAUGUCUCCAUUGUUGUCCAAGGCCACAUUUUCCGGGCACACAAAGCUGUUCUUGCUGCCAGUUCACCCUACUUUUGUGACCAGGUACUCCUGAAAAACAGCAGGAGGAUUGUUUUGCCUGAUGUGAUGAACCCCAGGGUGUUUGAGAACAUUCUCCUAUCAAGUUAUACGGGACGUCUAGUCAUGCCUGCUCCAGAAAUUGUUAGUUACUUAACAGCAGCAAGCUUCCUUCAGAUGUGGCAUGUGGUAGACAAAUGCACUGAGGUUUUAGAGGGAAACCCUACAGUCCUCUGUCAGAAGCUGAAUCAUGGCAGUGACCACCAGUCUCCAAGCAGCAGUAGUUACAACGGCCUAGUGGAGAGCUUUGAGCUGGGCUCUGGGGGCCAUACUGAUUUCCCCAAAGCCCAGGAACUGAGGGAUGGAGAGAAUGAAGAGGAGAGCACCAAAGAUGAGCUGUCAUCUCAGCUCACCGAGCACGAAUACCUUCCUAGCAACUCGUCCACAGAGCAUGACCGGCUGAGCACUGAGAUGACGAGCCAGGACGGGGAGGAGGGGGCCAGCGACAGUGCCGAGUUCCACUACACCCGGCCUAUGUACAGCAAGCCCAGCAUAAUGGCUCACAAACGCUGGAUCCAUGUGAAGCCUGAACGCUUCGAACAAGCAUGCGAGGGCAUGGAUGUGCACGCACCCUACGAUGAGCACCAGGUCACUGAGUCCAUCAACACCAUGCAGACAGAGCACUCGGUCCAGCCCUCGGGAGUAGAGGAAGACUUUCACAUCGGGGAAAAAAAGGUGGAAGCAGAGUUUGACGAACAGGCUGAUGAAAGCAAUUAUGAUGAGCAGGUGGAUUUCUAUGGCUCUUCCAUGGAAGAGUUUUCCGGAGAGAGGUCAGAUGGAAAUCUAAUUGGGCACAGACAGGAGGCUGCCCUAGCAGCAGGCUAUAGUGAGAACAUUGAAAUGGUGACAGGGAUUAAAGAAGAAGCUUCCCACUUAGGAUUCUCAGCCACUGACAAGCUGUAUCCUUGUCAGUGCGGAAAGAGUUUCACUCACAAGAGUCAGAGAGAUCGACACAUGAGCAUGCACCUCGGUCUUCGGCCUUACGGCUGUGGUGUCUGUGGUAAGAAAUUCAAAAUGAAGCAUCAUCUCGUGGGCCACAUGAAGAUUCACACAGGCAUAAAGCCGUAUGAGUGUAAUAUCUGUGCAAAGAGAUUUAUGUGGAGGGACAGUUUCCACAGGCAUGUGACUUCUUGUACCAAGUCCUACGAAGCUGCAAAGGCUGAGCAGAAUACGACUGAGGCUAACUAAAAAUAGGGUCUGGCCCUUGAGUGGCAGGCACAAAAAUAAACUAUGGUAAUUAUGCAAAUCUGGGCACAGAUGAUGCGUGCUACUUGCUAUUAUGAGAGAAGCUUAAAAAAAAAAGGAAGAUAUUUCUGAAAGACCAGCUCUAAGUAGGCCAAUUAAAAAAUCUAAUUCUUCAAAUCUGUAUGUUCCAGGCCAGGCCUGCAGUGGGUAAUGGGGAAUAAGUUAGUCCACCUCCCACCUGGCCAGGUAAUCCUUCUGGCCUGUUGUGAUCGAGGCAGGUGGACUUGGUGAUGGAAACACCUGCACUUGGAGCUGUGUUCCAUUUCAGGUGGCAGCAGUUUUUGAUCACUCAUCAUUACAAGGUCAUAUUGGAAUUUUAUUUUGCUCUUACUCUAGAUACUUAGGUAACGUGGAUUUGUUUUGGUAGCUGCUUCACUGAAUGAAAUGCUACUUAAUGUAAUAGCUACAAAUAAUGUGAUUCCUAGGAUACGAAAUUGUUAACGGAGCUCUCUUGUCUGGUUUCAUUCUUUCUAAAGGGUAUUUUAACUAAAACUGUGGAGAUACUAAAAGGGUGACAUUCUAAGUAUGAAACAAAUAACUUAUGGUACAAGCUUCAAUUUCUAUAAGAUGCCACUGUCACAAUGUGUUUCAGACUCUUGGUAAGUCAGAGUUUAAUUAUAUUUUAGUAUUAACAUUUAGUUUGAACAAUUGUAUCUAAUUGUAAUUCUCUAGGGUGCCAGAGAUAGGUAUUUCUAAUUGGUUUGCUGUCCCAAAUCCCAUUUGUUUAAUUGUAGCAUCCACACAGUGGGAUCUGCUCUGUGGCUAGAAGACUCCUAGCCUGCUUUGACUCUGACCACGGUGGUACUAUUGGCUGCUCCAGGCAGUUUACCCUGUCUUAGAGUAUGGUGCCUCCUGAAGAGGUCAGUGAGUGACCACCAUUAUUGGGAAGGAGCCAGAAGUCACAGCUGAGAGUUACCUGUGAACUUCAGGAGUUAAUAGAGUGCUACAGUGACACUCCAGUUGUCAAGAGUGAGCGCUGCUGAGUAGCAGAAUUUUGAGUGUCAGUUUAUACUUGAGGAGGGUGGGUGGAAACUGCCCAAGAAAAGCGGAGUCUUGAAAAUACACUGGUUGGGGAGAUACUCAUAGUGGGGUACACUGAGCUAAUACUUCCAGCUUGAGUGCUGGAAUGUAUUUUAAAAGGGGGAAAGAACGAGUCCUAACUAAUUUUAGAAAGUAGUCCACAGAUUCAUGCUCCCGUAUUAUAGAUGAAGCUGCAUAAAUUUGCAAGCCCACAUAGCUAUACCUACCAAAAAAAAACAAGAAAAGCAGCUAUUCUGAGAUCUUUUCUGAGGAUCAGUCAGAUGUUUUAGGUUAAAAAAGAAGCAUAUAUUCAGGAUGUUUUAAGCUGUGUAAUAUACCUGAAGUUAUCACAAGGUAGUACAGGGUGCUACUAUUAUGUCAACUUUUCCGUAAACUUGCUGAUCUAUUAUUUCUUAGUGGAAACUUUUUCUUUAAAAUAAAAAUAACUUUUCUUGAAUUUGGGGUGAAAUUUUGUUUUAAAAGUUUGGCUUUGCUCUAAUGUGAUAGACGUUGCUGGCAAUGGCCUCUGAGUCUCAAGCUCCUACCAUCAAGGCAUUUACUUGUUAAAAGUUGUUUGGAAAGGGGAAAGUAAGGCUUACCAGUUAACUCUUGUAAUCAAGAUUACAGAGCAGGGAUCUAUUCAUUAACACUGUAUCAUUCUCGAUAUAUAAAAAGCACUUUGUAUUUAAAACUUUAUUAUAAAUAUAUAUACAGAUAGAUUUUUUUAACCUAGAAAUUAGAUAUUACCUCUUGGUUGUUUGCCACGUUAAUAUCCUCUUCUCUUAGUGUUGGAACCAUCAGUUAACAGUCCUUUCUCUGUACCCGACAGAGCAUAUAGAGGUGACUGUACCAUCAAGUUCAGUUGCUUCUUUUUUUCUCAUGUUAGAAGCCAGUGGGAUUUAGGUAUAAUCCUAGCCAUGAUGUGUGAGAAGCUGUUUUAUUACUCCUACUAAUUUGGGUACUAAGGCAGUGAAGCCAUUUGUUCUGCCAAAAACUGAUCAUUUGGUAUCAGCAAACCAUUUUCUGCCUAUUUGGAAGGUUUGAUGUGCUGGUUUCCAUUAACGAUUAUAUUCAGAUGAGCACUGGGACAUUUGAGAAGUCUGAGAGGUAAAAGAAAAAUAUCCUGGAAAAAUUAUAGUGAGAUCAGCACACCCGUCAUGAGUAAUGGGGAAGAAGAGCUCUUGUUCAGCCAGGACUCGUGGGCAGCCCUUAGGUGGUGGUUUUGGAAGCAGUUAGUUGUGUUGGGACUUACUUAAUGUGUUGUGAAGAGAGGUGUAUCUUUUAUUGAAAUCCUUUCAUAUACAUCAGCUACCAAAUGUAGAAUAUAAAUGUAAGUUCCUCACAUCUGCUGUUUCAAGUUUUUUUAUGAUAGUGGGGUUUUCAUAAAAAUUAGGGUUGCUGAUCAGGUCAGCCAGACCGUGUGAGGUGGUUGGGCAUCUGAAAUGCUGGCGGUGUUCAGAGAGGCAGGGGAAGGGGAUUGCCUUAGUUUGUAUAGUAAAAGUGAGGUUUUAUAAACUUCGCUUUUUAAGAUUAGGAGAUCAUACCUUUUUUUUCCUGCCCAGCCUGGGUUGGAUAGUCUCUCUCCUUACUCAGUACAGCUUUAGAAAAUCUUUAUCCUUCCCAAUGAGUUUGGAUAGUAGAAGGUAACAUUUUCCAAACAAUCUUUCAGGGAUUGUGUCAGUGACCUACAGCCAAGGUAUUUGUCCCCGAGUUUGAGUCUUAACUGUGGUUUUUCCUCAGUCCCAGUGGGAAAGGGCUUCAAGGCACCACCAGUGGUAUUUAAUAUUUAGUGCUUAUGCCAUGCCUUUAAUUUGAGAUGUGCACAUUACAAUAAUCCACUUGGUGAAGUAGGUAUCACCGUCUAACCGAGGAAGAACUGCCAUAGCCUUUCCUCAGCUGUUGAGGGUUAUCCUCAGGCGCUUCUGGGCCGCAGCCUGUUGAUUCUGAUUUCUGGACCUCACUUUCUUCCAAUCCUUUCUUUUGGCCACCACUUUCAAAGAGUCUGUCCAGGAGGGUCUCCUCCAUUCUUUUGGGCAUUUGCUGAACUAAACUGACCCUGAGCUGACUUCUGUCUAUUUGGGAAAGCUGCUUAGUCUCAGUGGCGUCUUCCUGCAGAAGCACACGCCUCCCCAAGCUGCUGCGGAAAUGAAGUUGGGGCAGAGCAGAAGCAGCAAUCGCCUGGGAAAGGGAUUUGCUGUAGCCUCUUGGGGAAGGGUGGAGAGGACGCCAUCACUCCAAAUCCAGGUGUUUGCUUUUCUAAGGUCUCUGAUAAUUUAGGAAUGCUGAAAACCAAGCAACAUACCCCCUCCCCCAGCCCCUUCUGUGCCACACUAAUUUUGUGAUUUAGGUUGCUUUCAUGGGUGACUAACUCUGUUCAGUGAAACCAGGGUGUUUGUUUGAGUUUUUUCUUUGCUACUUAUACGUUUAAAGGUACAUGUUUCUUAUUUCAAAUCUCUACUGAUAAUGCCCUAUGGGAAGAUGCUGGAACACAUUUUGCAAAUGUGAGUUUUUUUUUUUUAAGUUUU